CGCUCAGAUAUACUGAGUGAGCCCUAAGAAGCAGUCUCAGAUCCUGACGGUGCAGCAGCCCGCAGCCUCGGCCAGGGAGUCCCAGCCGCUUUCAAUGGAGGAGAAGCCCGGCCAGCCACAGCCUCAACACCAUCACAGCCACCACCAUCCGCACCAUCACCCGCAGCAGCAGCAGCAGCAGCAGCCGCACCACCACCACCAUUAUUAUUUUUACAACCACAGCCACAACCACCACCAUCACCACCAUCACCAGCAGCCUCACCAGUACUUGCAGCAUGGAGCCGAGGGCAGCCCCAAGGCCCAGCCAAAGCCUCUGAAACAUGAGCAGAAACACGCCCUCCAGCAACACCAGGAAACGCCGAAGAAGAAAACAGGCUACGGUGAACUAAAUGGUAAUGCUGGAGAAAGAGAAAUAUCUUUAAAGAGCCUGGGUUCUGAUGAAGCUAACCCUGUUUCCAGGGUCCUCAAUGGUAACCAGCAAAUUGUAGACACUAACCUGAAGCAGACCGUGAAGGCCAGCACCUUCGGAAAAGCAGGAAUUAAAACCAAGAAUUUUAUUCAGAAAAACAGUAUGGACAAAAAGAAUGGGAAGUCUUAUGAAAAUAAAUCUGGAGAGAACCAAUCAGUAGACAAGACCGAAGUUGUAGCAAUUCCAAAUGGUGUUGUGACAAAUAAUUCAGGCUAUAUUACUAAUGGUUAUAUGGGCAAAGGGGCAGAUAAUGAUGGCAGUGGAUCUGAGAGCGGAUAUACCACUCCUAAAAAAAGGAAAGCCAGGCGCAAUAGUGCCAAGGGUUGUGAAAACCUUAAUUUAGUGCAGGACAAAAUAAUGCAACAAGAGACUAGUGUCCCAGCUUUAAAACAGGGACUUGAAACUUUCAAACCUGACUAUAGUGAACAAAAGGGAAGUCGAAUAGAUGGUUCUAAGCCCAUUUGGAAGUACGAAUCUGGGCUUGGAGGAGCAAGCCGAGGAAAACCCACUGUUGGUGAUGUGCUGCGGAAGAGCUCCGAUGCUAAACCUGGUGUGAGCAACAAAAAGUUUGAUGAUCGGCCCAAAGGAAAGCAUGCUUCAGCAGUUGCCUCCAAGGAGGACUCGUGGACCCUAUUUAAACCACCCCCAGUUUUUCCAGUGGACAAUAGCAGUGCUAAAAUAGUUCCUAAAAUAAGUUAUGCAAGCAAAGUUAAGGAAAACCUCAACAAAACUGUACAGAAUUCUUCUGUGUCUCCAUCUUCAUCUUCAUCCUCUUCAUCAUCUACUGGGGAAACUCAGACCCAAUCUUCAAGUCGGUUAUCCCAGGUUCCUAUGUCUGCGCUGAAAUCUGUUACUUCUGCCAGUUUUUCUAAUGGACCUGUUUUAGCAGGGACUGAUGCAAGUGGGUAUUCUCCAGGGGUUCAGCCACUGCUCACUACUGCUGCUAAUACUCCCAUCUCUUCUGGGACUGAUUCAGUUCUCCAGGACAUGAGUUUAACUUCAGCAGCUGUUGAACAAAUUAAGUCUAGCCUUUUUAUCUACCCUUCAAAUAUGCAAACUGUGCUGUUGAGCACAACACAAGUGGAUCUGCCCUCUCAGACAGAUCAGCAAAACUUGGGGGAUAUCUUCCAGAAUCAGUGGGGUUUAUCAUUUAUAAAUGAACCCAGUGCUGGCCCUGAGACUGUUAUUGGGAAGUCAUCAGAUCAUAAAGUAAUGGAGGUGACAUUUCAAGGGGAAUAUCCUGCCACUUUGGUUUCACAGGGUGCUGAAAUAAUCCCCUCAGGAACUGAGCAUCCUGUGUUUCCCAAGGCUUAUGAGCUGGAAAAACGGACUAGUCCUCAAGUUCUGGGUAGCAUUCUAAAACCUGGGACUACUAGUGAGAGUGGAGCCUUAUCCUUGGAACCCAGUCAUAUAGGUGACCUGCAAAAAGCAGACACCAGUAGUCAAGGUGCUUUAGUGUUUCUCUCAAAGGACUACGAGAUAGAAAAUCAAAAUCCUCUGGCCUCUCCUACGAACACUUUGUUAGGCUCCGCCAAAGAACAGAGAUAUCAGAGAGGCCUAGAAAGAAAUGAUAGCUGGGGUUCUUUUGACCUGAGGGCUGCUAUUGUAUAUCACACUAAAGAAAUGGAAUCUAUUUGGAAUUUGCAGAAGCAAGAUCCCAAAAGGAUAAUCACUUACAAUGAAGCCAUGGAUAGUCCAGAUCAAUGAAGGGUAGCAAGAUCAGACUGCCUAUUCGUAACCUUUCUGCAGCAUUAGAGCCACCGUUCAUGGGGGACACGAGGCUUUUAUGCUCCUAGAUCUUCAACGCAGCAGAGGAACCAUAAGUAGAAUCACAGGAUAAUAUAUACAAAUAUAUAUAUAUAAAUAUAUAUAGUUAUUUAAAAAAAUGGCAACUGAAAGUAAUUAGACUUCUUAAGGAAUCAAAAUUUAUUUCAAGAGACUACACAAGGUUAUUUAAUCUCCGGUACUGAAUAGUGUUUUUUUUUGUUUUUUUUUUUUUGUUUUUUUUUUUUUUUAUUUUUUGUUUUUAAGAGUGAAUGCAAGUGAUUAAUACAGACUUAACAAGUGUGGUUCUUAAGUUUCUGCUGUCAUCAACUUGGGCAACAAAUGACCCACUGGAAAGGCAAAUCCACUUAAAAGAUCUCUGUAUCUUGUUCUGUGACUAAAGUGAUACACUAAUCACGGGGAACCCAGAAUGAUUUCACCAUUUUCCCCACUCCUCCCUUGAUCUUUUGGUUUUACUUUGAACCCUGCGAGAAUGCUGGAUAAAUGCCUUGAAAUUUGCAGGGGUGUAUUUUUUUUUUUAGCAACUAUGAUUUGCAUGUCUUGCCAGGAGUUAAACAGCCUCUGUAGGGUGUCGGGGAAGUACUUUUCUUUCCUUUUGUUUUUUGUGGGAUAGGGAUGGGGGAGGGCAUUGAUGUUCUACAAUUCUGGAAUAGUUGGUGGUACAUAGUUCACUUGGUUUCGGUUACACAUUGGACUUUUACAACUGAAGAAUCCAUGAAUGUCAUUUAAAGAAAAGUUGCAGAACAAGCAAUUGGCUUAGGUGUUCAAUACAAAAAAAAAAAAAAAAUACUCCUGUUCCAAUAUUUUAAUAUAAUUGUAUAACUGGGAGCAAAAAUAUAUUCUGCUUUUCAGCUGUAGGUGCUCCAGACUUGCUCUCUGUCACUAACACUAAAUGUGCUGUUUUCCUUGUAUUUUCAUCAAAUAGCUAAAGAGAAACUUCUGUACCUUUCUGUAAAUUCUUUCCCUUUUAAUUUCUCAGAAAAAUCUAAAAGGGGAAGGAAAAAACAAAAGCCCAUGAGAACAAAAAUUUUUCAUGGUUUUAGCCAAGAAGGUAAUAGAUCCUGCCUAUAGAAGGUGUGUUUUCAUGCAAACUAUACCCCUGAGCUUACUAGCUUUGAAUUUAUCUUAACAAAUGUAUUUUAUUACUAGAGCAAAUGGGUUUUUUAAAGGAAAAUAAUGUGAACUUCUGGAAAUUUUUCUCUUAGGCAGAGAAGAACAUAAACCCUGUCAUUUCAUCACAUUUCCAUCCUGUUGCACUGCAGCUUGUGUAUAAGCAUGCGAAAAUAAAUUUUUGUGUGUGUGCAGAAACUAAGGGUCCAAUUUAAGAUUGGGUGAUGUUAGUGGCAUAAAAACAAGUUCUCUGGCCUGACAUAGCAUCACAUCACACACAGAGAAAUUAGUAUAUCCAUGUAUGUCAAAUACAGGUUAAAAUAGCAGGGCAUUUAUAUAGAGAGGUGUAAUCUUCUAAUAAAAGUAGACUGGAUCCCCUGUGCUAUUAUGGGGAGAAAGUAACUACUUUUGUUCUACCCCUUUGCUUAAGAAAUGUCCAGUUUUCAGAGAGAGUAGCAUGGCUGGGUUUUCUUACUUUGUUGGUUGAGGCUUUUAACUAGUAGUUUGUGAAAGAAGCUGUUGGACUCAACAUAGAGUAGAGAAAUUAAAAUUACCUUUCAAGUCUGGAUUUCUUCUGCCCUGCUUAGAUUUUAAAAGUGUAAGCAUGGAUUGCCAAUUCCACUUGAUGUAAACAAAACUUUUUAUACCUAAUAUAUAUAAUAAUUUAUUCUUACUGUAUCAGUCCAGGUUCAGAAACUUGUGGUAGGCCAGUUCCAGAUAGUUUCAUUUCACCUGUAAACUGUAUCACUUUUACUGAUAUUGUAAUUUUCAAAUGUAUAAUAUGUUUACAGAUGUGCCCUGCAUUUAGUCUGCCUUGUUCCUGUUUUGAUUUUUGUUGAGUCUCCUGCCUGCUUGCCAAAAGCUAGGAUGCUUCAGGCCCAUGUACAAUUGAAAGCAGAGGCAUCCUUGAGCUUUAAAGCAUUGAACAAACUGGAAAAUGCAACAUACCACAUACUGAAGUGAAAGAAAGAAGUCUGUGUUUUUCUGUUUUUUAAAUAAAAAUUUUCAAAAAGUUAAAAAAAUUUUCAGGUUGAUUAAAGGAGAAAAGAGGCUCCAGUUUGUUUUAUAGGUUUUAAAGUUCUGCUGUGUGUUCAAUUGCCUUGUAUAACCACUUGUCGCCUUAGGGCCAGGUUCCCUCCCCCCCCCCCCCAUCCAUUUUGCUUCCUGGAAUUUUAAAGCUCUUCUGGCUCACAACUCACAAGAAACUUUUCUGGGGUUUGUGACAUACAGAGGUUGAAUGAAUAUAUAUUUUAUAAGGAAUUUAAAAAAAAAAAAAGCUUCCAUCUGAAUUGGGCUUUUUGAUUUAGAAGCAACAUUUAUUUUUUAAAAAAUCUUUAAAAAGUUGUGGCUUUCCAGCUUCCCUUCCAUCUCCCUCAGGCCUCCAUGUUCAGAAAAGGUAAAAAAGAGAAUGUAUCCCUUCUCUGUCCAAAGGUUUUUGAGAGUCUCACUUCUAAAUAAAACAAAGCAACAGUUCAUUCUGAGUUUUCCACUGAAACUUUCUUGAUUAUAUGGCUAGAGGUAUAUAGUUGGGAAUGUCUCCUUAACCUUCUGGGAACCCUAGUGCUCCAUCAUAUUAACUGUCAGUAUUUUUGGGGCAUUGGGUUAAUGGGCUUAAUUGCCUAGGUACAAGCAGGACUUUGGGACAGGUCUCCUUUGUGCUGUGUUGUAACACAUAACUACUUGUCGCAAUCUUUCUCCUUAGGUCCUCACACAAUUCCUUACAGAGCACUUAUUAAAAAAAAAAAAAAAUCUUACGAGUUGAUCUGUUUUCUUAUUAUUGUGUAAGCUUCUAAACAAACUUCAGCUGUGAUUAAUUUAGCACAUUUAAGUAACAUGUUAUUGUUGGGUAUAAAGAUUUUCCUUCAACUCAGAGUAUUAGUACUGUAGCAUAAACCAAAUACAGUCUAGAGGGCAUUUUUAACAUCCCUCCAUUAUAAAGACUGAAAAAAGGUGUAUGUCUGUAUAUGUUUUGAGUGUGUGUGUGUGUGUGUGUGUGUGUGUGUGUGUGAAAGAGAGAGAGGGAGGUAUCAAAAAUUAGGAAGUAAUUGAAUGUUUGUAAGACAUGUUAGUAUUCAGAGAAUGAACUUGUAUUUAUUUUGUGCCAUUUGUUUUCAUUACACAGAAUAGUCAGGUGGUUUUAAUCCUUAAAAGGGUAGUAUUUGAAAAAUGGCACUAAGAAUGAAAUCAUGACAUAUUUUUUUAAUAGCUAUGAAGAUACUAAUUAUGGGUGAAGAUUUCUUUUUAAAUCUUAUCUUGAUUGUAAGCUUCUGUGUCCCAUACCACUCUUCUGUAGGUGUCUUGAAUAAUCCCCCAUCCCCCACAAAAGACAGGGUGUAUUUAUCUUCUUUAUUCACUCUCUCUGCUGAACGAAGUUAAUUGCAUAGCCUUUCCUCUAACCUCCUUUGUAAUGAACCUUCACAUAAAAAGUGUAUUUCUGGCAUCUGUAGUAGUUCUUCCUCUGCCUCUACUUUCUGUAAUGGUAUAGCCAAUAACUAGGAAUUUGUUAAUUGCAGUUUGUUUUUUGAUGAUGUCUCCAUUUAGAAUUUAAUCAUCUACUUACAUAGUCAUCACUCAGAAUCUACAAAAACGUUAUAAAGGCAAGGAGUGCUGCAUUUUCUUUUUUUUCAAAUAACGGAUUUUAGGGAAAAUAUGACAAACCUCGACUUCUGGAGUUGUCCACAAUACAAAAUGUGUUUCUUCACAAAACAUUACAUAGCAGUGGUAGUUUCAUACUUGUUUAGUUGGACUUGAUGCUAACCUGCACGAGAGCCAUCUAAUGGUUUAUCUUUUUGCCUUUCGCAGUUGCUCUAAACUUUUUACACAAAAAAGCCAUUUGCUGUGGGAUUAUAUGUCAUGUACCAAAUGGGCAUAGGCAAGGAAGUUGGAAGAGGUCUUAAUUAUAAACUCCACUAAAUAAGGAGGGAGUCAGUAAGGCUUUCUCCUUCUGAGAAAUAGGUUAGAGUUCUAAUUUCCAAGGAUUUGAGGUUUGGUUAUGGCCGCUGAGCUAUGUUUUUAGAUGAUACAUGGCCCUUUUGUGCAAAACAGACGAGCUGUUGGUGGCAAAUAUCUAUUAUGGACCAUAGUUUUUUAUGAUCGGGUCUGUUAAUGCUGAACCUGUUGGGGUAGGUUUUCCUAGGGCCAAUACCCUUUAUAAUAGUCCUAUCCAUAAUUUGCCUUUUGAUUUUAAAGAAAGAGGUUAGGAUUUGCUAGUUUCCCCCCUCUAUAAAAAGGAGAGGCAGGGGCAAGAAGAGAAGCAUAAAUAGCUGCUAUAAGUUUGCACAGACACAUAAGGUUAACAUUAGUUUUAAUAUCAAUGUUAUUUUUAUCAAUGUAAUUAAUUGGCAGAGCCACCAGGAUUCUUCUAGGGUGUAGAAAAGAUGGGCUGCUGCCUUGACUAUCUUAAAAUGUUUCUUUUUGAACAUACAUCAGUUGUUCAGAAGUGUAAGAAAAAGGACCACCCUGGAUUGUUUUAAAGAAGGAUGAAUUACGGGCUUCAGUCAAAAGCACUGCUUUACUGAGUUUUAAAUUUCCCACUAUUGCUACUCAAGAAAGGUCUUAAAAUGGUUGGUUGCCAGAAAUAGUAUGAAUAGCAUUUUAGACUGUGCAUAAUAAAAACACCCAGUGAAGCACAUCCAUAGAGUGCUUUCGCGAUACUGGGAGGGUCAAAUAGCAGUUAUGCAUGAGGAACCUACGGAGCAGCCAUCCUCACGUGAUGGGGUUGUUGAUUCCGACUUACCUAUUGAUACAUAAAAUUUUAUUUAUAUCCAGAGAUUUAAAGCCAUUUUCUAAUACUCCAGUAUCCCUAUUUUACAGCCUUAUUAAAGUAGCUACACUUAUUUGCCAGUUCAGUUUCACUUUCGUCAAAGAUAUACACUGCAGACCAACAAACCAACUUGAGGUAAAUUAUAUAGCUUUCCAUAUGUCCUCUUUCCUCAGGUGCUAAACAAAGGCUCCACAGAUGAAUACUGCUUUAGGAAUGUCUGCUUUACACAUUUCCUUUGCUGGAUGUAAAAAUUUGGUGUUUAAAGUGGUUUUAAUAUGUAAAUAUGAAUGAAUGCGUUUAGUUUGACCUUGUUUGUCUAUUGGUCUUUCAUUUAUACUCUAGAGGAGGAUCCUUUCAUGAUCUUGAAUACAUUUCAUUAAAUAUUGUUGCAUUUUUAGAAUGAAAAUACAACUGUUUUCUGUCUUAGAUUAAUCCUGCUGCUGCUAUGAGUAACUGAAAAUCAAGAAUGUGAUGCACUUUUUACAUAAUAUACCUUUAUAGGUUGCUUUGAUACUUUUCCUAUAGUACAGCCACUAAUAAAAAUGAAUGAAUUUUUAAAUUUUCUUCAAGAGGGAGUCAUUACAAGUAUCUAAUUCAUAGUUGGUAUUGACCUAUCAAGGGCAAUAAUUUAUGAAAAUAAUUCUUUUACACUUUUCAGCCUUAAAAAUAAUACUGAAAAUCCUUUAAAUCUUAGAUCUGCUUCCAUUACUCCCUCUGCCUCAAAAAGAGGAGUUGGAAAGAAGGACUUAAAGGGGGUACAUCUUUGGUUUGUCGCUGAGCUUUUCUAGAAGUAAACAGUUGUCUCCUAAGUGAGCUGGGGGCUUAUUUUCAUGUUUGUAUACACAGAAGAAAUAAUGCUGCCCCGAGCCAAUUAGAUUUAAUCAAAUCAAUCAAAACUCCCAACUUCUGCUUCCCCACUAUAUUGUUACUUAGCAAAGGUAAACCUAAGUAUAGUAGAAAUGUUACUUAAUAAGAGGAAAAUGUUUCUCAAGCACAUACCGAAACUUAAAGGAGAUUGAACCCAAAAUAAUGGAGGGAAAACACCAAAAUGGGGUGGUGGAAUAUGAGAAAGAUGUGUGGUCCAAAGCUAUCUGGUUAUAUUUUGAUGUUGCCAAUAUUGCAAAGCCAAAAUUUUAAUUUGCUUAUUUAAUAUAUUUGUUGGCCAGAGUUCUAUUUUUAUAUCCAUGUGCCUUGCAUGUGUAUUUUUAAAAAAAUUUGGAGAGGCCAUGUAGUAAUGCCUGAGAUAGUUGAUGGUUCUUACCACCUCACUAAUUUACAUGCAGUAUGAAAUGCUCAUUCUAUUGCCCAACUGGUGCUCUUUGUUUAAAGUUAUAGAUUUGUCAGAAACUGGGACUAUUUUAUAAACUGGGGAAGAAAUUCACCUUUUUCUGGCUUUUGUUCUUAGUCUGUUAGUGGCUGUUCUGUAGUGGGAAAUAGUAAAAGGAUUCUUCAUUCCCUUUCUCUCCCCCCUCAGCAUCUUCAAAUAAUGUGAUAACAUUUCUUGUGUGCUUUGAAAAUUUCAGCUUGGCUGUCUCCUUUAGUGUUAAAAAAAAGUGUUACAAAAAGCAUUGUUUGCAAAAUCUAGGGAGAUAAUGGAGUCAUCUUUAAUUUGGAAUUCGAUGUGAGCUAUGAUCGAAGUUAUCAGCUCUUUUCAACUUUGGAAUUUUCAUUGUUAAAGCACCUUGCUUAGAAAGUUUUAAAUAUUUAUGUUUGCAACAAUUGUCUCAAAAUAUUGAACUGUGCAAUUCUUGUCAUUAAAAAAAAAAAAAGUCUGAACUCUCCCUAAUGUGACUUGUUAGUUUCUCUGUAUUUCCUGCCAGCGUAAAUGUGAAAAGCUUUGCUUGCAUUACCUUUUAGAAAUGCAUUUUGCACACUCGAAUUUUGCCGAAGCUUCGUGAAAAGGUUAGUUCUCAGUAGAUGAAUAAAAGCUAUGCACAUGUUUUUGAAAGUUUAAUUUGUGUGUCAUUACCAAAAGUGUCCUAUCUGUUCUUACUUUGCUGUUCUUAGCUUUGCCAUCUUUGGAAACAUGGCUCAAAGUUACAACUCUGGGCCAGCUCAUCAGUGGAACUAAAAAGAGGAAAACUGGCACCCAUUUUAAUCUUCAGUUUAAAUGAGAGCUUGACUUGUAUCUAUUAAAGGGCUUUUCUUGAAACAGGGCAGUUUUAUCAGUUUUACAAACCAUUGGAUGCUCUUAGUCCUUCAGUGAAAUUUUGGUUCAUUUGAUGAAAUAGAAAUGAGAAGUAACUCAAAUUGAAAUGAAGGAAUGACAUUUGCCACAUGAAGCUUUGUGACAAUUUUGUGUCUUAAAGCUGGUUUAAAGGGAGAGUAACCUUUUUUAACCUUGGUUAUUGCUUUAGCAUAAAUUUGAUUUACUGAAUGAUUGGCUUAAGAAUCAGUCAGUUGUUUCAAGAUGAAAGCACAGAUUGUUUUAAAGAUAUGUGUAUCUUUUAAAAAUUGCCCAAGCUGAUUAGAACAAGCUUAGAAAUUGGGCACAUGUGAUUAAAUUGCUGCAAUCUGCAUGUACUAAAUAGCUUUACUUCACAUGUAUGUGUACUUACAAGAUUGUAGAUGUGCUAGACAGGUUUUGUCCAAAUCAUCUUUUAAAAGAUUGUUUUGUAAUCUCUUCAGGACCUUUGUAGGAGAGGUUAAUGAGUUUGAGUAGUAAAUAUAACUAAUGGUAUUUUCCCCGUGCUCUUAGAUAUAGAAGAAAUAUUUCCAUUUAUAGCUUUCCUGUGUAUAGAAGAGGGUUACUUCUCUGUCAUCAAGGGUGCUCUUGAUGUAUGUUGUUGACUUCAAAAACACAAAAAAAACUUUUCUUCUGUGUCUACACUGAUAAGGGCUUUUAAAAAAUUAAGGCUCACCAAGUUGGCUCAUAAUGCAGGAGUGUGGCAAGCAUCUUAGAUGGCUGUGCCUACUCAUCAGCAUGUCAGUAGUUAAAUUUAUGUUCAGUAUUGGGACAUACUGGAGGAGCACCGUGAUUUCUGUCUUGUGUGCAUAGGCUGUUAAGAUCUUUUACCCCUUAAUCUGGGAGAAAGGAUAAUUAGUGGGUUACAAUGUUAGAGGAUGCUUUUCCUUCCCUCCCAAAUUAAAAAAAAAAAAAAAAAGUUUCAAUGUUUGUUUUGCCCAGUCAAAAGGUAGACCUUUUCUAGAUUAUAAGAGCAGUGACCAGAAAUAUACCCUUUUGCUAAAUGCUUAGGUAUUUGCCAUAGCUGUUAUCUGAUGUCAUGGAUUCUAAGGAAGUGUCAGUUAUGUGGUGAUCUUCCUUUAUUGAUGUCUUACUUCAUGUUCAGUGUUUAAAAUAUAAAUUACAAAUGCUCUACAACCAUACCCAGAUUUACUUAUUUUAUCAGGAAAAAAAAAAAAAAA